AGCAAUAUACUUGAGUCGGUUUCCACUAAGUUGAAGAGAUAUGCCCGGAAGUAAAACGAGAGUCGCAGUUAUUGGGGGUGGCGUCGCUGGUCUCAUCGUGGCUAAAAGUCUUGCUGCAAAUCCAGAAACUUUCGAUUUCACCCUCUUUGAGCAAACCAACCAGGUUGGUGGAACAUGGGUUUAUACCGACGAGACGAAUGUCGACUCUCACGGACUUCCAGUUCACAGCAGCAUGUACAAGAACCUCAGGACGAACGUUCCAAAAGAAAUUAUGCAAAUUCCUGACUUCCCCUUCAAAGAUCAAGAUGGACCGUCUUUUGUGCAUCACAGCGUUGUUCGGCAUUAUCUAUGGAGUUAUACGAAGCACUUCAAUCUCUUCCCUCAUAUAAAGUUGAAUACGUUAGUGAAACAUGUUGAGCCUGAAGGUUUGCCAAGCGGCCAAACUUUGUGGCUAGUAACUUCCAAAGAUUUGGAAUCAAACGUUGUAAUGACGAGGACCUUUGAUGCUGCGAUACUUUGCAACGGACAUUAUACUGUGGGACACGUCCCUCACAUUCCUGGAAUCGAGACUUUCCCUGGAAAAUCCAUACACAGUCAUCAGUACAGGAAGCCAGAGACGUACGCGAACAAGAAGGUCUGCAUUCUGGGUGCCUCGUGGUCUGGCUUGGACAUCGCCAUCGAGGUAUCCAAGUACGCUGACAAGAUCUACCUAAGUCAUAAUCUGGCAGAUCCAAAAAUUUCCAAGUUGCCAAAAAAUGUAAAAGAAGUAGCAGGAAUUGAUAGAAUCCACGGAAGCACUUUCGUGUUCAAAACUGGAGUUACUGCGGUGGUUGAAGAGUUUAUUUACUGCACAGGUUACCAGUUCACGUAUCCAUUCCUAUCUGAAAAAGUGAAUAUUAAUACAAAGGACAACCACGUGGAACCAGUUUACAAAUAUCUCGUCCACACAGACGUACAGAAUCUCUUCUUCAUGGGACUACCGGGACUUGCUAUCCCAUUUCCAAUGUUCCACCUUCAGGCCCAGUACAUCCUGAAGAUUAUCGACGGUCGCGUUAAACUACCUUCCUCCUCAGAAAUGCGCGAGGAUAUCCAGAGGGAAAAGCGAAAGUUAUUACAGGAGGGAAUUCCGGCGAGACACAUAAUUAAGCUGAAAGACAGACAGUGGGCUUACUAUGAUGACAUCGCGACAACAGCUGGAGUGCCAAGUUUCCCACCGGUAAUUAGAAAAAUUUGGGAUCACACGUGCGAGAUGCGUGACCAGGACUUGACAACGUACAAAAAUUAUCGGUACCAUAUCGUUGACCGUGAGAAUUUCACAGUUGAUUAUUAUAAGCCGUGUUAGUAUUUCAAUGUAAACGUUAAUCGUAAAACAAUAAUACUAAUUAUAAGUUGAAAGAAAAACCUCCAGACUAUUUAUUGUAACUUUGAAGAGAAUAGGUAUUAUUAUUAUCGUAUAUACAAUAGUUUAAUUGACAAUCCUCGUAC